AGUUUUAUAGAUAAUUUCUAUCAUGCAAGAAGCACUAAAAUUUGAUUUGACAACCGCGCCGGAUCCGGUGUUGUUUGACGCUAGCCUGGUGGCGUCGUACGAUGAUAUGCUGGCCGCAGAUUGCGACGAGGACUGCGAUUUCGACUGUUCCAUGACGGUGUCAGCGACCAGUCGGCGCGCGGCUUACGACGCAUUUCGUCGGGUGCCGGAAGUACGCAUAGCGCAAAACCUGCACUUGUGCGCUUGCAUUGAGCUCAAGCACCGCACGGUGGACACGGACGACGACAUCAUCGAGCAGACCGCCGAGUUCUGGCUGUGGGGCGGAGGCGACGGCGGCGACAACGACAACRUCAAAGUGAAGGUGUGCAAAACGUUUUUCGCCCGCACCCUAGGACUGCCGGAAUCGCGGCUUGAAGCACUGCUCGAGCCACCCACCUUCGAAUGGUUCUCGAGGCACCGGGACUGCGGCAGAAUAUCUUUCGAGUGCCGCGACAGUGACGUCUGCGGAGACGGCGAUGUCGAUGAUGACGGUGAUUACGACGACGACUACGAGCACCGACGACAGCGUUACUCGAGUGGCUUGUUUGRUGACGACGAAAUGCCGUGCUCAGAUUUCGUACUAAACUCCAGAAAACAUUUGGAUAAAAACAAUUCGGCAUUCGUCGAAGAAACAGAUUCGGACGUAGAAGUAUACUUGGACGAAAUACCACAUUCAGUCUACAAUAACGUUAUACAUCAUAUUCAAACAACACCCAGAGUGGUGAGUACUUGGGUAAACCAAGAAAACAACCAGGAAAUGUUCAAAUUCGAAUGUAGUAUUAACUGUCGUUCUUUGUAUUUAAAUUAUUUGGAAACAUCGAAGAAGAUUAAAAAUAAAGUGAACGAAAAGCAGUUUAAAAAAAUAUAUAACAGAUAUGUUAAGAAAAGUUUUAUGGUAUAA